AUGGAAGAACCAAUUUCGACUCCAGGGCUGCCUGCACGAACAUUCAAAGCUGCGUCUGACCUGCGCGCCGAAGAGCAGUUACUUUCUUCAUCGCCGGGCUUUGGGACGCCUGCAUACCCCAUCCAGAGCCGACCAACAGAAAUUGCAAAGCCGUUUGCAGCGCAAUUAAACACCAGUGCAACUGCUCAUAACGCCCCGACAGUCUUACCGAUCCUCCUUCCGCCUCAGACUCUCAGACCCGUCGCUUUCAGGACUCUGACCAAAAAACACAGCCUUACCCUGACCUCGUCGGGGCUGGGACUGCUCUCUACAUUUAUUGGGAAAUUCUGUGGCAGCGGGUGGCGAGAAGAAGGCCUUGCAGAGCGUGUGUUGGAUGAGAUCGCAAAAGCAUGGAAGAAGUGUGGAGGGGGCCUCCUCGUCGAGGAUGGGCCCGAGCAAAAGUUGUCUAAUAUUCUUAAAACUCUGGAACUGUGCAUGUCAGGCGGGCGCCUGGACACUGGGAAAUGGUCUCGAAGCAACAGUUCAGUACCGAGCCCCAAUUUGUCACGAGCGCCUUCGUUCUCCACGAGCCGUCCAGAUGCCAACACAGAUGUCAGUCAGUCAAGCUUAGGACUCUCGGCAUUGAACGUGGAAGACGCGGCUCAAAGGGACAGAGCGGUGGAAGAAGGCCAAUCUCAACCGGAUGUCCGGUCAUACUUCAAGGUCAUUUCAGCAUUCGAUCAGCCACGGUUAGUGUACUCAACCUCAUCAAAAAGCCUAGAGCCUGUGAAAGGCACACCCAGCCUUCUCCCUCCCAUUCAGCACAAGAUUUCCAUGUUCAGAAACCGUUAUCACCUGGUCCACCAGCGACUGAUGCGAAAUGAAUCAUUCCAAACUCCAUCGUUUGCGACCACCACGCAGCCACCAAGUCUUAUACGUUCAGCAAGCGGCAUGACAACCUUGCAGCAAGCGUAUAAAAUCACUCCUAUAUCGAACCUUCUUGGCCGAUCAGGAUCAUCUCAUCUCCUUCUAGGUAUGCUGGUGCACUCUCCAGCUGGUGAUCUCUCCAUCACAGAUCUAUCCGGAAGUGUGGUUCUUGACCUGUCAAUAGCCCGACCUGUCCCCGAAGACGGCGUAUGGUUUUGUCCCGGCAUGAUCGUUCUCGUAGAAGGAACUUACGAAGAAGACGGCUCUCACAAUUCAAAUCUAGGCACAGCUGCUGGUGUAGGCGGACAGAUCAAGGGGACCUUUGUCGCGCAUACCAUGGCUGGGCCACCGGCCGAACGACGAGCCUUGUCUCUCGGCAUUUCCACUGGGUUGGACUCGGGAGGCCACACAAAUACAAGCGUGGGGGCAGGGUUUGGCUGGGUCGAUUUCCUCGGCGUUGGCAGUGAGAAAGCUCUGGGGACCCAGAUGCGUCGAAUUCAACGACGUAUCUUCAGACCACUAGCUACUUCGGAGACCAUCAAUCUCCCAGAUGACGACCAGAUCGAAACCGAACCGCCUCGUCGCCAAAUUGCUCUCUUAGGGGAGUGCAACCUCGACAGCCCUCGAACGCUAGAAGCGAUCCGCGCUAUCCUCUCGUCCUACAGCACCUCUAGCUCUGGGCACAUAAGUGACCUACCUUUCUCGAUUGUCAUAAUGGGAAAUUUCGUCUCCGCGGCAAGCAUGGCGGGGUCGAGCAUGGGCGGGGGCAGCAUUGAAUAUAAAGAACACUUCGACGCCCUGGCGUCAAUCUUGUCGGAAUUUCCCACGUUAUUGGCGAACACAACCUUCGUCUUCGUACCAGGAGAUAACGAUCCGUGGGCAAGUUCAUUUUCGGCGGGAGCGAGUUGUAUGCUCCCAAGACUGGGCGUGCCAGAGGUAUUCAGCAGCAGAGUCCGACGAGCGUUGACGAGUGCCAAUGCAGAGGUUCAUGGUAGCUCGAAAGAGAAAGACGUGCUGAAAGGGGAGAGUAUAUGGGCGACGAACCCAGCGAGGCUGAGUUUAUUCGGGCCACUGGAGGAGAUUGUUCUGUUUCGAGACGACAUCACGAGCCGAUUUCGGCGGACUGCGAUCACUUUCUCGAAGCUCCCAGACGCGGACGAAGAAGAGAACGAAGCAGCAGGAGCUGAUGGUCAGAAUCAAGACCAUUCACAGUUUGACGGGGAGGAAAUGGACCUGGACCAGAAUCCCAGGAAGAACCUCGACAAAGCCGUGCACACGGCAACCUCUCAUGUUCCUGUUUCUCAUCCCUCCACUCCCGCUCCCGGGCCGUCAAGCAGCACCGCCCCAUCCAUCCAAGCCGCCCGAAAACUCAUCAAAACCAUCCUCGACCAAUCCCACCUCUCCCCUUUCCCCUUAUCCACCCGUCCCCAACUCUGGGACCACACGGCCGCACUAUCACUUUACCCUCUGCCCACGGCGCUGGCUCUCUGCGACGCCGAAAUGCCGGCCUUUGCAAUGAGCUACGAAGGAUGUCACGUCAUGAACGUGGGCAGGCUUGUGGAUGAGUAUUCCCUCCGGAAGGGCCAAGCGGGCGGCUUUGGUGCUGCGCCCAGGGGCAGUGGCGUCGCGAGGUGGAUCGAGUAUGAUUGUCGAAGCAGGAAAGGGGAAGAGAGGAGCUUGAGGUUUUGA